AUGAGUAGUAAAAAAAAGAAUAUACGUAAAAAAAUUUUUGAUGAAAAAGAAGCGACAAUUGAAGAUAAAAAAAUCGACGUUAAAAUUCAAGAUUUUAAAAAAAAAUCUAUAAAUCCAAAUGUUAGAUUAGUGACACAUUUAAGUUUUUUUGAUGAGAUAGAUCAUGAAGUAUCAGGUCUUUGUACAGGUUUUGAAGGCGUUAAACGUAAUCCACAAUUAAUAAUUGCAUCAGAUAAAGUCAAUCAAAAAGGAUCGAUUACAAAUGCCUAUAAAAAGCUUGAAUUAAGAACAACUCGGGAAUCAGGAAGAGGGAUUUAUGCUUUAGAAAAUAUAAAACCUGGUAAUCUUAUAAUGGUAGAUUAUCCAUAUAUAGCAGUGGUAGAUGAUGAAAACCUUGCAAAAUUUUGUAGUAAUUGCUUUUCAAAAAGUGAAAAAAUAUUACGUUGUGCAUCCUGUAACAUGAAUUGUUAUUGUUCUAAGGAAUGUCAACGUAAAGAUUGGAUAUUUCAUCAACAAGAAUGUAAAACAGUCAAAAAGGUUCAAAGAAAGCCACCUACUAUAAUCCGUUUAAUCAGUAGAAUUCUUAUGCGUAGAAAAAAUGAACCAGACACCUCUAAAGAAGUCAAUAAUUUACUUAGCAACAGGGAAUUAUUUAAACAAGAGAAAAUUGAAGAUUUUGGCGAAAUGAGUAUAUUGGUUAAACAAUAUAUUACUCGUGAUGCAAUAAUAUCAGCAAAAGAUUUGAUCGAAUUAUUUUGUAGGGUGAUAGAAAAUAGCUUUUCAAUUUUAGAUGAUGAGCUGGUAACAAUUGGAGUAGGAAUUUAUAUGAAUACAGCAUUACUAAAUCAUUCUUGCGCAUCAAAUUGUAUUGUAGUGUUUGAAAACUCAAAAUUAUUGGUUAAAUGUAUUAAAGAAAUUAAAAAAAAUCAAGAAAUUACAAUAAAUUAUUCUGAUACACUGCAACCUAAUAUUGAAAGAAGAAAAGAUUUACGAGAACGAUACUUUUUCUUGUGUAAAUGUGAAUUAUGUGAAUAUUAUAAGUCAAAAAACAAUGUUGAUCCAAGAAAUGCAUUGAAAUGUUCAACUCCAAAUUGCACUAAUCCAAUUGAACCACCAGAAGAGUUUUCUUUUAAUUGUUCAAAAUGUGGAGUUCUAAUAAAAUAUGAUGUUGCGCAGAUUGAAAGUAAAAUAUCUAAAUCUUUGGAAUUGUACAGAAAAGCUACAAUGAACG